AUGGGGACACCUAUUGAGAUACUGCAACUUCCUGACAUAUUUCUCUUGUUCGGAGCUCUAUACAUAUUACAGAGUGAUAAUGGGGCAGGGUUCACAGCCGAAGUGAUCAGUGAGCUGAAAAUCAUCUGGCCCAAACUUGUCCUCGUUCAUGGAAAGCCUCGACAUCCACAGAGCCAAGGAUCUGUGGUUGCAUGGAUGGGAGACAACAACAUCACCGAUUGGAGCAUUGGAAUCAAGUUUGUCCAGUUCCAGAAGAAUUCCAGCUUGCAUGCAGGUAUUCGCAGAUCACCUUAUGCAGACAUGUUUGGAUGUGAGGCCAAAGUGGGCCUGACAUCGUCCUCGCUGCCUGAUGAAGUAAUUCAAAGGAUGCAGUGUGAGGAUGGUCUGUUAGCUGUAUUCACCACCGGUCAAAACAGAGAGGAACCAGGUCCUGUUCCCAGUGCUGAAUCAGCCGAAGUUCACUUUGAUAUGGAACAUGCAUCGUCCGAAAACGAUUUGAGCCACAAAAAGAAUAUCAUUGCCCAGAGAAAAGGUGUCCGUACGAGUCAACUUGCCCAGGCUGAACGCAUGGUCAAAUGGAGUAGAAUUGACCUUGCAGCCGGCGAACCACUUGAUAAUGCUGCCGUCCCUAUUCCAUGGGUAGAUAAGGGGCGAGGUGAUCCUCGGAACAUUCUCGGUGUCGUCUUGGAACAUGACCAAAAUGACAUGUACACCAUUGGAGUCAAGGUAGGAGUUCUGAAGGCCAAGCUGUCACGCAACCAGUUUGACUUAUGCCCUCAGCGCCUUCUGGGAGAGGACUCCAUCAAUCGCGACAGGGUGGUAUCUCUGUUACCUUUGUAUCGUACCGUGGUGGACAGGAAUGGAGGUAUAGAGUUCAACAUAAAGCAUGGGAAGGUCAGAAAUGAGAAUGGAAGAGAAGUCGGAUAG